AUAAGGCUUGCCUAGGCCAGGAACUCUCUAUAAACAAGAACUUAACAUUUGUCAAUUGCAAAAGAAAUGAAACUCAGCAACAAAUUUCUUGUAUUUCUCUUCAUUCUUCAAACUCUAUUCCUUGCCACCCAAGCAAAUGCAUCAAACAAAAGAAUUUUCAGAGAAUACAUAGGAGCAAAUUUCAAGAAUAUAAAAUUCACAGAUGUUCCAAUUAACCCUAAUCUUGAUUUUCACUUCAUUCUUUCUUUUGCCAUAGACUAUGACACGUCAUCUUCUUCAUCCCCAUCUCCUACAAAUGGAAACUUCAAUGUGUUUUGGGAUUCAGACAAUCUAAGCCCAUCACAUGUUUUAUCCAUAAAACGUAACCACUCAAAUGUCAAAUUAGCCCUAAGUCUUGGAGGAGACACAGUGGGUGAUUCUUUUGCUUUCUUUAAACCUAAUUCUGUCAAUUCUUGGGUUUCUAAUGCUGUCUCUUCUCUCACUCAAAUCAUCAAGAAAUAUCACCUGGACGGAAUCGAUAUCGACUACGAACAUUUCCAAUCCGAUCCUCAAACUUUCGCUACUUGUAUCGGUUUGCUUAUACAAACCCUGAAGAAAAAUAAGGUAAUUUCUUUUGCUUCCAUCGCUCCGUACGAUGACGGAGAAGUUCAGAAGAAUUAUCUAGCAUUAUGGAAGAGAUAUAGCCAUUUUAUUGAUUAUGUAAAUUUUCAAUUUUAUGCGUAUGAUAAAGAAACAACAGUGCCUCAGUUCUUGAAUUAUUUCAAGAUUCAGAGACUUAAUUAUUUUGGUGGUAAGGUUUUAAUUAGCUUUCUUACUGAAGGAAGUGGUGGAUUAGGGCCAGAGAGUGGGUUUUUUAGUGCUUGUAAAAUGCUUAAGAGUCAGAAUCUGCUUUAUGGUAUAUUUGUGUGGUGUGCUGAUAACUCGAAGGCCAAUGAUUUUCUGUAUGAGAAGCAAGCACAAAAUUUAUUAGCAAGCUGCAAUUAGUCUGCGCAGAGGCCGAGCCAGUUACUGGCAGAGACAUGUGCAUUCCUCUGAUCGAAGUUGAUCGGAGAUGCAAUUUUUAUUACAUAAAGAUUGGAUUUUAAGUUCUGUCUUGAUUGACUUAAAAAAUAAUUAUCAGUUACAUUUUUCUGUCUUAUAGUUUA